AUGAAAUACAAGCAAGCCGUGCCCGUCACUGUCUCCCUGCGAGACCUCGAGUCCAACGCCGUCCCAUUCAGCACGCUCCUGAACGCCUUCGGCCCGGAUAGCCUGGGCAUCCUCGUCGUGACGGACCUGCCCUCGACGUUUCCCCUGCUGCGACAGAAGGUCCUUUCCAACGCCUCGCGCCUCGCGCACCUCCCUCGGCCGGUCCUCCAGACCCUGACGAAGCCCAGCGCCAAGUACCUCGUCGGGUGGAGCCACGGGGUGGAAACGCUGCGACCCGGGGUAGUCGACACCGCCAAGGGGAGCUACUACAUCAACUGCGCGUUCUACAAGUCGCCGGCCCUGCAGUCCGCGGACAGCGAAAAGUUCCCCGGGUUCGAGGAGUACACGGCGCCGAACGUGUGGCCGGGCCCAGAAGACAUUCCGCGGUUCCAGAACGACGCAGAGAACCUGAUCCGGUUGAUCAUCGACACGGCCGUGCUGGUCGCGCGCGCGUGCGACCGCUUCGCCGAGCACGAGAUCGAUGGCUACGAGGCCGGGUACCUCGAAAAGGUGGUGAGGGGGAGCGAGACCACAAAGGCUAGGCUGUUGCACUAUUUCCCUUCCACUGCUCCUACUGCCACUGCGCAGGCGGGCGUGAACGGCAGUGUCACAAAUGGCGGGCAUGUCUCUCAGGACAAGAAGAACGAGGAAGAGCAAGAUGAGGAUGGUCCAGAAAUCGACGACUCCUGGUGCACCACGCACCUCGACCACGGGUGUCUGACGGGGCUCACCUCGGCCAUGUUUGUCGACGAGUCCGCUGCCUCUUCCGCUCCCAACGGAGCAUCCGACCAGGGACACAACAAGAAGAAGGACGAGCACCAGGACGAAUACACGGAGCUGCCCUCCUCCCCGGACCCGCAGUCGGGGCUGUACAUACUCUCGCGGGCUGGGCAGGUCCACAAGGUGAGCAUCCCGCGCGACGCGCUGGCCUUCCAGACCGGCGAGGCGCUCGAGCUCAUCACCCGCGGCCGCUUCAAGGCCGUCCCGCACUUCGUCAAGGGCGUCGACGCACGCAACCUCGCCGAUAACCCAAAGAUGAGCAUCGCCCGCAACACCUUGGCCGUCUUCACCCAGCCCAAUCUGGACGAGCCCGUGGAUUUGGAGACGGGCCUGACCUUUGGCGAGUUCGCCAGGGGUGUCGUCAAGAGGAAUACUGCGGGUUAA